UGAAUGCGGAGUUGAGCCUUUGGGUAUUCGCAGGCAUUAUUGACCGCAUGUUGACCACACCGGAUAGGUAUAAGAGGGUGCAGUUGGCACCUUCCAGGUAGGCAGAAUUUCUCAUAUUGACUCCGCACCUCCAGCAAAAUGAGGCCUGGUCAUUUGCUCGCUGCCUGCAGCUAUAUAUGGUUGGCAGCUUCCACGCAGACUGUGCUGGCAACAGAAACGGAGCUUGGGAAGACGAUCUGGGAGCUUGGAAGUGGCUUUAUACUAGCUCGAGAGUACGAUCAGCUGGAGAUCACGAGAGAAGACCUGAGCAUCUGGAGCACAACGUCGCACAAGCCAUUCAUUGGCGCAAGUGCUGGAACCGACUUGGCCACUGGGUCUAACGGAGCUUUCAACAUCACACAAGUGGAUAUUGAUCCUACGGAUGGCCAGGAUAUUACAUCCAUCCAGCUCGUUGACUGGCGAGGAAGUGUGACUGGCUACGCAGCGCAAGUCAGUGGACACUUGAUCUACAGCGGAAGCGUGUGCGCAACAUAUUCACUCCAUUUCUGGGUGCCUCAUAACCUCACCGACCGAGUGGCGUUCUAUCUUACUAUUGAGUCCUCAGUUACGGACACCUCUCGCCCUCUCAAGAAGCUCUACUUUCGCUUUAAUUCCCGAGCAGGCGAGGACUUUUAUGGACUGGGAGGCCAAGCAUCUUUUGCAUCACUCAAGAACCAGAGCAUUCCGAUCUUGUCGAGAGAGCAGGGUGUUGGUCGAGGCGAUGAGCCGAUCACUUCCAUCCAGAACGCGAAUGGAUCGAUCGCGGGAGGUGACUUCUACACAGCGUAUACGGCCAUUCCAUCCUACGUGUCCACAGAUGGCAACUUGUUUUACUUGUCUGAGAAAAGCACAGCCUACGCCAAUUUUGACUUCAUGGAGUCGGACACUGUCACGAUCCGCUAUGACUCGCUGAGCGUAGACGGUGCCUUCACCAGAAGCGAUAAUUUGUUUGAUGCCAUUGAAGCAUUGACUGCAUACACAGGACGGCAGCCACCUCUGCCCAAGUGGGUUGACAACGGUGCUAUUCUUGGUAUACAAGGUGGGCAGGACAAGGUCAAUGGCAUUGUCAAGCGAGGCAUAGAGCUUGGCGUACCUAUCGCGGGUGUCUGGCUCCAAGACUGGGUGGGCACUCACAGCCAGGUGGGUCCCUACAUCAACAUCAGCCGUCUUUGGUGGAACUGGGAGAACGAUGAUGUGCUCUAUCCUACCUGGACUGACUUUGUGCAAAACUUGCGUGAUGAAUACAAUGUGCGCACUUUGUCGUACAUCAACGUCUUCCUGACAAAUGUCUCGACUAAAAGUACAGGCUUCCGCCGGAACCUGUACAAUGAAGCAAGUGCCAACCACUAUUUUGUACAAAACACGACGACCAACUCCACGGCCAUCAUAUCUAGUGGGCCUGGCUUGGAAGCAGGAAUUGUCGAUCUUACCAAUCCACACCUCCGGGAAUGGUUCUUCGAUGUCUUGAAAGAGCAGGUAUGGAACGCCAACAUCUCUGGCUUCAUGACAGACUUUGGUGAAUACACACCAGUCUCUGCUGACACCAAGAUUUACGACGAGGUCAGCGAUGCAUUCUUUUACCAUAACGCAUAUCCCACAGAAUGGGCUGCGUACCAGCGAAGCGUCGUCGAGGAACUUGGUAUGCAACACGAGGCGGUUCUGUUCCAUCGGUCCGCUGCACAAUCUGCCCAAAGAUACAUGAACCUCUUCUGGGUUGGCGAUCAGAACGUGGACUGGGGCGUUCAUGAUGGCAUAAAGUCUGUGGUGACAAUCAUGGCGCAUAUGGGCUUCUCAGGAUAUUCGCAGCAGCACUCCGAUGUUGGCGGUUACACCACAGUCCUCACAUACAGUGACUACAACAUCACUCGCUCGCCUGAGCUGCUUGGACGAUGGGGUGAGCUCGCGGCUGUGACCAGUGCUGUCUUUAGAUCCCACGAAGGCAACAUUCCGAGCGUCAAUACACAAUUCUACAGCAACACCACUACUUACGAGUACUUUGCCUACAACGUGCGCCUCUUCGUUUCUUUGGCCACAUACCGACGGCACAUCUUGCAGACCGAAAGCGAGACCAAAGGCUGGCCGCUUCUUCGUCCUGUUGUGCUGUACCAUCCCCACGACCUCAGGGCGAGGGCAAUCAGCUAUCAGAGCUUCUACCUGGGAGCGCAUCUCUAUGUUGCGCCUGUUUUGGAUCCACAUACUUUCGACGUGACAGUCUAUCUCCCGGCGGGGGAAAAGGGCAAUCGGACGUAUGAGCACGUGUGGACUGGUAUGAGGUAUCCGGGGGGACAGGAUGUCACGGUGCCAGCUCCUUGCGGAAAACCAGCUGUUUUCCUGGUUGACGACGGUAGCACUAUACCUGAGCUACAACCGUUCUUGGACUUUGUGAAGAAAGAGAAUGCAACGAAGUUGAGCGUAGCGUAG